AUGUUGCCUUCUCUGCCACUAGGUACCCCUACUUCCUCGAUCGUUUUGAAAGUCUUCCAAAAACUACCUUCGCCGUCACCACCGCUUCACCACUGUACAUACAAAGGAAACCUCAACCAAAUCAGUUACCGUAUAAGGAUGUUCAAAAAUCGGCACAUCCACAUACACAUAUUGAGAAUAUUCCACACUAAUGUGGCAACAAACCCAACAUCUUGA